GUAGGAAGAGUAAUAGUAGAAGAAGUAGUAGUAUAACAGAAGAAGAGAACAAAGAAAGAACAGUCGUUUAUCAGUAGUAAAAGCCUCUCCCCCUUCCCUUCCUUCCUUGGCUUUGUUGAAUAAUAUAUAUAUAUAUAUAACUAGUAUAACUGUCGGCAAAGAAAACCAUCCCCUUCUCUCCUCGGUUUCUCCUCCGCCGGCCACGAGGACAAGCAAGGAAGGAACAAGGGCUGCUGCUGCUUCUUCUUUUAUCAUAUCAACAACAAUGGAGGAGGGUCUCCGCCACUGCUUCUGCUGCUGCUGCUGCCGCCUUAUGAUAAUAGUGGUCUUCAUUUGCUUCUCAAUGGUGUCCUGCCAGCAGCAGAAGCCUCUUCCUCUACACACUGUUGUUGUUGCGGACCCACAUUGGAAACCCGCCACCGCUACAUGGUACGGAAGCGCAGACGGAGACGGCAGCGAUGGUGGGGCUUGUGGAUACGGGUCCUUGGUCGAUGUGAAGCCCUUUAGGGCUCGGGUCGGGGCGGUUAGCCCAAUUCUUUUCAAGGGAGGAGAAGGGUGCGGCGCCUGCUAUAAGGUCAAGUGUCUGGAUAAUUCCAUAUGUUCCCGCCGCGCAGUCACCGUCAUCAUUACCGACGAGUGCCCCGGCGGCUACUGCUCCAGCGGCCGCACCCACUUCGACCUCAGCGGCGCUGCUUUCUCCCGUAUGGCCGUCUCCGGCUUCGGCCCCCAGCUCCGUAACCGCGGGGAGUUAUCGGUCAUGUACCGCCGGACACCAUGCAAAUAUCCAGGGAAGAACGUAGCUUUCCAUGUGAAUGAAGGGUCAACCAACUACUGGCUAUCUCUUCUGGUUGAGUUUGAGGAUGGAGACGGUGAUAUCGGAGCAAUGCACAUCAGAGAGAGCUCGUCAAUGGAGUGGGUGGAGAUGAAACACGUGUGGGGAGCAAGUUGGUGUAUAAUAGGAGGGCCUCUCAAAGGACCAUUUUCAGUGAAGUUAACCACUCUUUCUACCAAAAGAUCCCUCUCUGCAAGGGACGUUAUUCCAUCUAACUGGUCUCCCAAGGCAACUUACACCUCCCGUCUCAACUUCUUCGUCUAAUUACUUCCACUCUAUCUAUCUAUCUAUCUAUCUAUAGUCUAUUUAUGUGUGUGUGUGUCUGUGUGUGCGUGUGUGAAAGAGAGAGAGAGAGAGAUAGAGAGGGGUGGAGUCAUAAGAAUCGGCCUCCCGUCCCUGAUCCGUCCAUGACAGAGAAAAGUAGCCGUUGUGAUGGGUUGUUUAGGGUUUUUCCCUCCUCUCUCUCCUAUUCCCUACUAGCCGUUGUUGGGGGAGUCAAAGAUUUUUGUUGUUGAUUGAUCUUACUACUUAAUUACUUACUCUGCACAGAGAAAGAGGACGACUUACUGAUAAGAAGGAGAGAAGAAGAACAAGAAGAUUAAAGGAGGUUUUUUCUUCUCUUUUUAGUAGAACAGAGCAGCAGAGUAUAGUAUAGUGGUGUGUGUCUGUGUGUGGGUGGGGCCCUCUCCAAAGGGGAGAGAGAGCUGAUCUUUUUUUCAUACCAUUUUAUUAUUAUCAUUUGCACCACCACUACUACUAGUAUUACUAGUGUUUACUACUUUCUACUUCUACUACUACUUUGUAGUAGUAGUGAUUAAUAAUAAGUGUUGCAGAUAUCUUAUCUA